AUGCCGCACUCUCUUUCCAGCAAGUCUGCGCCCGUCGUUAUCGUAGGUGCCGGUGUUUUUGGCCUGAGCACCGCACUACACUUGGCGCAGCGAGGCUACACAAACGUCAAGGUUUUCGACCGGCAAGCCUACCAACAAUCACAAUACCGUUACAACGAUGGCUGUGACGCCGCAUCAGCCGAUGUCAACAAAAUCAUUCGAGCUGCGUACGGUUCGCAGUUCGGGUAUCAGACGCUCGCCCUCGACGCCAUCAGCAAAUGGAAAAUGUGGAAUGAAGAGAUCCGAUCUGGGAAAACCACACCUCCUGGAUUUUCUACCAGCGACAAGCUGUUCGUGAACAACGGGACAGUGACAAUGACUUCGGGUCUCGAACUAGACCAGUUCGAGAAGGACACCUUGGAAAGCAUGGAAAGGAUGGGCCUGAGGGAUACGCAAAUCAAUCUACACGAUCUGGAGCACGUGCAGCGAGCACAAGCCAAGGGAUUUGGCUUCGCUGUUAAUGCUUUCGACAUCAAGAAUAUUAGCAGUACCCUGGAUGUGCAGUCCGGGUUUGUUUAUGCGGACAGGGCCUGCCAUUUUGCCCGUCACAAAUCAGAGUCUUUGGGCGUGAAAUUCGUCUUGGGUAGUCCGCAGGGCGUCUUCUCCAGCUUUCUUGAAAAUGCUCAAGGACACAUCGCUGGUGUGAAGACAGCUGAUGGCGCAUCUCACGCGGCCGAGUUAACAAUCAUGGCGUGCGGCGGCUGGACUCCCGCGUUACUCCCCCAACUGGACCAUCUUUGUGAGACUACAGCAGGUAGUGUGAUCAUGUUCCAGCUUCCACCUGACCAAGCGUUAUGGAGCAAAUUUGCACCCGAGAAUUUCCCCACAUGGUCAUUUGAUAUUCGACGCGGGGAAUAUGGCGGCCUGUAUGGCUUCGCCCGGGACCCAGAAGGCGUCGUGAAAAUUGGUUACCGUGGAACCAAGUUCACCAACCCUCAGACUCAGGCCGAUGGUACGGCGCGUAGCGUUCCUGCUACGCGCUGGACGCAGCAAUCCAUCCGUGAGAUACCUGAGAUUGCCGCGCGCACCAUCAAGAACUUUGUGCAGGAGCAACUGCCCGAGUUGCUCGAUUGUGCCACAACCAGUCGCCUAUGCUGGUACACCGACUCGUACGACAACCACUUUGUGAUCGACUUUGUCCCUCAGACAAAGGGCCUGAUGGUGGCUACUGGUGGCAGCGGGCACGGCUUCAAAUUCCUCCCCAACCUAGGCGAGCAUGUCGUUGACAGAAUCGAAGGCAAGACAAAUGACUUCCUCCAGGACUGGGCGUGGAGGGCUCGUGACGCUGGGGCGAAGUCGUACAAUAGUAUAAUGGAAGGUGUCAGCAGCGAUCGGUCUCUCCAUCGACAGCCUUUGGUCAAUUUUGAUCGUUCCGCGAAACACAACAGUCGACUUCAGGAGUGA